CCGCACAUAUAAGGCUCGGGAGCCCGCAGCUGCGGCUCCCAGCACCCCCGCAAAGGCCAUGGUCAGCCCGCAGAUGCCCCAGCUCUUGCCCCGGACAGUGAUCCUGGCGCUUAUUUUCCUUCCCCAGGCACGGCCGGCAGGCGUCUUCGAGCUGCAGAUCCACUCUUUCGGGCCGGGACCAGGACCAGGGGCCCCGCGGUCCCCCUGCACUGGGCAGGGCCCGUGUCGCCUCUUCUUUAGGGUCUGCCUGAAGCCAGGGGUCUCCGAGGAGGCCGCCGAGUCCCCGUGCGCCCUGGGCGCGGCGCUGACUGCGCGAGGACCGGUCUACACCCAACAGCAGCCCGAAGCGCCGGCUCCUGACCUGCCGCUGCCCGACAGCUUCAUGCGCGUGCCCUUUCAGGAAGCCUGGCCGGGCACCUUCUCUCUCAUCAUCGAAACCUGGAGAGAGGAGUUAGAACAGAUUGGAGGGCCAGCCUGGAGCCUGCUGGCACGCGUGGCGGGUCGGCGCCGCCUGGCGGCCGGGGGUCCGUGGGCCCGGGACGUGCAGCGCGCAGGCGCCUGGGAGCUGCGCUUCUCCUACCGCGCGCGCUGCGAUCCGCCAGCCGUCGGGGCCGCAUGCGCGCGCCUCUGCCGCUCGCGCAGCGCCCCUUCGCGGUGCGGCUCGGGACUGCGCCCCUGCACGCCGGUCGAGGACGAGUGUGAGGCCACGCCAGCGUGUCGCCAGGGUUGCAGUCCAGACCACGGCUUCUGCGAGCAGCCCAACGAAUGUCGAUGCCUGGAGGGCUGGACUGGGCCCCUCUGCACCAUCCCGGUCUCCAGUAGCUGCCUCACUCCCAGGGGCCCGUCUCCUGCCACCCCUGGAUGCCUCGUACCCAGGCCUGGGCCCUGUGACGGGAACCCGUGCUCCAACGGGGGCAGCUGUAGCGAGACCCCGGGAUCCUUCGAAUGUGCCUGUCCCCGAGGGUUCUACGGACUGCGGUGUGAGGUGAGCGGGGUGACAUGUGCGGAUGGACCCUGCUUCAAUGGCGGCUUGUGUGUGGGAGGCGCAGACCCUGACUCUGCCUACGUCUGCCACUGCCCGCCCGGGUUCCAAGGCUCCAACUGCGAGAAGAGAGUGGAUCGCUGCAGCCUGAAGCCGUGCCGGAACGGCGGGCUCUGUCUGGACCUGGGCCACGCCCUGCGCUGCCGCUGCCGCGCGGGCUUCGCGGGGCCGCGCUGCGAGCACGACCUGGACGACUGCUCCGGCCGCGCCUGCGCCAACGGCGGCACGUGCCUAGAGGGCGGCGGCGCGCGCCGCUGCUCCUGCGCUCUGGGCUUCGGCGGCCGUGACUGCCGCGAACGCGCCGACCCGUGCGCCGCGCGCCCCUGUGCCCACGGCGGCCGUUGCUACGCCCACUUCUCUGGCCUCGUCUGCGCCUGCGCCCCCGGCUACAUGGGUGCGCGCUGCGAAUUCCCGGUUCACCCAGACGGCGCGGACGAUGGCGCACGUGUAUUGCCCGCGGCGCUGCCGGGCCUGAAACAGGGGGACCCGCAGCGCUUUCUUUUGCCUCCGGCUUUGGGACUGCUGAUGGCCGCGGGCUUGGCCGGCGCGGCGCUCUUGCUGGUCCACGUGCGGCGCCGAGGCCCCGGCCAGGAUACUGGGUCUCGCUUGUUGGCGGGGACCCCGGAGCCAUUGGUGCACGCGCUCCCAGAUGCACUCAACAACAGAAGAACGCAGGAGGGUUCGGAGGAUGGGCCGAGCCAGCCAGCGGAUUGGAAUCACCCUGAAGAUGGAGACUCUCGUGCGAUUUACGUCAUAUCGGCUCCUUCCAUUUAUGCCCAGGAGGUAGCUACCACCCCUCUACCUGCUCCCCACACAGGGCACGCUGGGCGGAGGCAGCCCCUGCAUUUCCGGUAGCCCUCUUUUACUCUAUCUGUAAAAUGA